CAACCCGCCUCUAUCUAUAUAAUUUAACCGCUACAAAUGUAUAUUCGAAUUAUAGCGUCAUCUAUAUUUUCGACACGUUUUAUACCAAAUCUUUCCAUUCAAGGAUAGAGGACAUUUUCAUACCGAGGUCAAUUUCCAAAGGACAUUUUUAUUAAGGACAUUGACCUCAAAGAACAUUUUUUAAAGGAAGAAAUCUAAAGAGCAUUUUUUCUGAGGAUCAAACCCGGGAAACAUUUCGUCAAGGACAUUUUGUAAAAGACAUCUGAGACAUGAUUCUGGGUGGGUGUGAGUUGGUGUUGCUGUAGGCUGGUGGGUAUGGUUGUGGGUGGGUGUGGAUGAGUUAUAGAUAUAGAACUCACCCACCAAACCCUAACUCAUGCCCUUCGUCACACCCUCGUCUGCACCCUACCCACACCCACACCCUCUUUUACGGGUAUACAAAAACUACAUUGUUUAAGGUAAAUUAUUGUCUACGUAUUCAGUUGUAAAAAAAUUAGUGCUAACCACGUGUUCAAGAAAAUAUCUUCAAAUGUAGGUUGAACGUUAACUAUAUACACCAUGAUGCGAAUGGCUUUUAUCAUACGAUCGAUAUUCAGGUAAAUCGCCAAUAAAAAUAACCGAUCUUAUAUUGUGAUUCUUAUUGUUAUAUACAAAUUUUGAUAAGAUCUGUAUUCUUUUUUAUUUAGGAAAUUUUCUAAAGCAAUUAAAGAAAGAAGAAACACUCCUUUUAUAUUCAAUAAACGAAAUGGAUUCAUUCGUUUUAUUUUAUUAUUUAUAUUAGUUUUAAUCUUAUCAAUUCUUUUCAUAUUGGAAGUUUAUUAUCAUCAUGGUCAAUGUGCUGUAACUGCAAAAUAUUCAAAGAAAAAUAUAAAAUUAACUCAUCGAAUAAUGGAUAUGUUAGAUGAUUUAUCAAUUGUUUAUUGGCCUGAUUGUCAAUCAUUGUUAAAUGUUUUGAGAAAUGAAUCAUAUAACAUAUGGGAUCAAGAUGUUGAUUUAUCAAUUGAAUGGCCAUUUGAAACCAAUCAUAUUCAUUCAGAAUUAAACAAUAUUGAACUUUUCAUUAAAACAUUUCAAAAAAAUGAUUUUAAUGUUGAAUAUUAUCCUGGUAGAAAAUUAUUCUCAUUAUCAUCUGUAAAUGAAAAAUCUGAUCGACAACCACAUGUUGAUAUCUGGUUGUGGAAACGUUACGAUAAAAAUGGAGUAAAACCAGUUUUACAAUUAUCUGAUUAUAGUCUUAAAUAUCAAUCAAGAUUAAUUUCAGAUAUUUAUCCAUUAAAAUCUGUUACAUGGCUAGGGAGAAAUGUUAAAAUACCAAGACAAUCACAUAAAAUUGCAUAUAAAGAAUAUGGAGCAUCGUAUAUGAAACCGCUUUUCAUACGAGAUAAUUGUCUUCAUAAUUUAAUUGAUGGUCGAUGGUUUUAUAGAACAUAG